AUGGCGGACGGACCGCAUGUGCCUCUCAAGAGAAAUGCAUCUGAAAGUGAUAUAAGCAGUAGUGAUUUCAGUGCUGACGAUAGUAUAGCAGAUAGAGAUUAUCGUCCAACUGUUAGUGGAUCUAAAUCUUCAUGUGAGUCUGAAUACUCCAUCUCUGGAGAAGAGUCAUCAGAUGAAAAUUUUGAGGAACCAGUCCAAAACGUAACACAGCAAGCUGGAACAUCACGAGGUGUUCUGGUAACGCCGGAUGAAAAAAAAAGGGAGAAAAAAAAAGCGCCAAAUCAAACGAAAUCUUGGAUGCAAAAGAAGUGUAGAGAGGGACUCCUAGGAAAAGAAACUGACAUUUUAAAUUCAUUUUGGAACUUAGGUACCUACAAGGCCCAAAACACUUACCUGUUCGGAUCCAUAAAAGCUGUACCAAAGAAGCGUUCCUAUAAAAAGAAAAUAAAAAGAAGAGAAUCGCCUCGAAAAGUCACUUAUCAAUAUUUUGUCAAAGUAAAUGGAAUUGACAUACAGCUGUGCAAGCAAGAAUUUUUAGUCAGUCAUGGUCUGCAAAAGUCUUCUAAGCGAGUUAGGCUUAUUUGCAAUCAGACGGGUGAAGUGUUCCACAAGAUGACAAGAGAGGAAAACACAGCAAUCGGCCAAAUAGAACAUCAAAAGUACCUAUUGAACAUAUGUUUUUGCUAUCAGGGCAUACCUAUUUGCCUUGCGAUAGGGAUUUCGCCCAAAUUUAAAAAACACAAGAGGUAUUUGAGACAAAUUUAUUGCCCAGAGGACUGGUACGAAGCCGUUAGAAAAAGUAAAAGGGCCAAUCCAUUUAAAGUUAUUGUUAUGGAACAGAAAUAUUUCCUAUCGUUUCAAAAAGUUCCUAUGGUGAAAAAACAUAACUGA